AUGGCGGUACCAUGUUCUAACCCCGAAAGUGUUUCUAGAUGUUAUAACAAGCACACUCUGCACAAAGCAUUUCCAUGGCUGAGGUUCAACCAGGUCCAAGCUCAGUGUUUAUCUAUAUUCUGGAUUGGAGGAUAUUGUCAAUCGUUGAACGAUGAAGAUGAUGGACAAUAUCAUCCUGGGAAAUAUCCUGGUCCCGAUGGAGAAGAUGGACAAUAUGUGCAUGAUAAUUCUGGUCAAUAUAUUGUUGAUAAUAGUGGACAAUAUAAACACGAAAAAGGACCAGGAUUUUACCGAGCAAAAGGAAAUUUAAAUAAAUUUCGAAGUGAUGGCAAUUUUGCUGGAAAUUUUGUAUCUGGAUCUAAAUCAAAGUUUGCGCAAAAUAAUUUUGUUAGGCCAAAUAAUCAAUUAAGAGAAUUUGAAGAUAAUUUUGGUAACAAAAAAUCUUCGGGAAAAUUUGCGUCAUCUUCACCGAGUUAUGAAGAUGAUCAGUUUUUAAGUUCUACAAUUGCUCCUACCACUAGAAUUUUACACCGAAAACCUCUCCAAGGAAUCAAGGACGUAGAAUUUUUCAGGAAGCCAUUAACAAGCCAUUCUGCAAAUCACCAGUCUAACUUUUUCGGUGAUAUUCCUGCUGGAACAGUCUUUAAUCCAAAAACUACACAUUCAGCUAUUCGUUUCCCUACUAAAUACUACUAUUUUGAAACUGAAAAUGGAAUACAAGCAGAAGAAACCGGCAAAAUUGCAAAUAAAGGAAGUGAUUUGGAAGCAAUGCGUGCCAAAGGCUUUUUUAAAUAUACCGGGCCGGAUAAUAAAGUUUAUAGUAUAAUGUACACAGCUGAUGAAAACGGAUUCGUCGCUCAAGGCAAUCAUUUGCCUACGCCGCCUCCGAUUCCUGAUGAAAUUCUUAAAAGUUUGAACUACCAGCGAGGUGGAGGACCACAUGGAAAAUUCUAAACUACUAUACAAUUAUAUAUUGUUAUUAACUACCAUAAAUUGGCAUAUUAAUCAUUAUUUAUCAUUAUUAUCAUUAGAAUUGUAAAUUGUAAAUCCUAUGUAAUCAUUUUAUUUAAAUGCUUAAAAAUUGUAUAAAUCCUAUCACAAUAACACAAAUACAUAUACAUUUUUGCAAACAUAA